CAUAACGGUCGUGGCCAAAGGGGAUGGACUCUUAGAGGCAAGUUUUCAAGAUGGCCGCCAGUUUUUAAGAUCAUUAAAACGUAAAAGAAAAAAUUAAAUUAAACGGCCUCACCCCACCCCCACACUAACUCUAAUACUAACGCAUGAAAAACUCUUAUUUCAAUUUUGGAACCGUCAAGGAACCGUCUCGUAAACUACUUCUCGUCCAUCCCUUUUAGACAUUACCAUUACAUAACCGUAAAUAAUGUAUCUCAAAAUUCGAAGAUAACAUAUUUGCUUACACUUUAUUGCAUACCUACACUAUUAAAUAGGUGAGGAAGGUGCUGUUUAUAUCUACUAUGGUGGCAAUACGUUCCCUCGUGGUAAUGCAACAAGAGAUUGUGAUAUAUUCAGUAUUCAACCAUGUCCUCAGCAAAAGGUAAGUUAGCAAAUCUGUCUGGUGACGUUUAUAUAUAAUACUCAAGUUUAAACUAAUCGAUCGCGUUACGGUCUGCCGUCAAUUUGAUCACGACAACAAAUGGUGUGGUUUGUAAGUUGUAUAACCCUGUUGAACAUUUGGAUGGAAAUACAAAUUUGGUUUCAAAAGUUUUCUUGUCAGAGCUUUGUUGACGAGAUAACGCCAUCACUGUUAUACUGGGAUCGCAAAUCGUUUUUGCCAACCAGGCUUUAUCCCAGUCUUUUAUGUAAAAAAAUAAUUUGCCAGAUAUAGGGUUAAAGAAAAUUUCUAGCGUCGACAUGUUCCACACGCUUGGCAGCAACUAUCCAAUCUUAUACUAUCCACAUAGUAUUAGCAAUUGAUUUAUAUGUAUUGGAAAAACACAGAAAAGUUUUAAAAUUCUUUCUUUUCAUCCCAGGCUUCUCUGUACCUUUCACCUAAUCAGGUAUGUAACAAAACUCAGUAAUUCACCUUAGUAAAAUUAAGGCAAAUAAUCCUAAACUUUGCUGGAGCACUGUGGUAUGAACUAACCCUUGACCGAAAGAAGAUUUUUGUGCGCUUCACACUAUCCAUGAGAACUGUGUAUCCCGGUAAUUCUUAAAUUACUUUAUAUAAUUUGAUGUAGCUAUACAAUAAUUUAUUACAAUCCUCAUAAAUAAUACUUUCCAAGUUGUUUUUUAAAUAUUGAUUCAAGUCCAAGAAUUCCUCAGCAGUUCCAUAAAAAAUUCGAUUCAUUUCAAUUCUUAGAAACUCCAAUUUCAUUAUAAUACAUAUAUACAGCAUCUGGAAAAUUAGGUCAAAAUUAGGUUAUUAAAAAGUGUUGUUAUUUUUUCCUGUUUAGAAAUUCAGUCAAUUUGGACGAGAAGUGGUUACAUCAACCUUCACAAACACACCAAGUAUCGUAGUUUCCGCUCCACGACGGAGUGUCAACUCAUCAUUACACAACGGUGCAAUUUACGUAUUUGCUAUUUCAGGUGAAUACACCUUAAUAUGUAAUUGAACAGGAGUAAGAACUGAGACUUCCACCAGCACUAAAUUCGCCCCCCCCCCCACAAUAUUUCACAAAGUAUCCGUCACUGUUAGAAAUCAUUGGACGAUUAAUUCGUUUUACCUCCCAAACUGUCCUAUAAUUGACUCGAAGCGGGCGGAACUUCCAACACUCCAGGGAAGGGAAGGAGGAGAUCACUUCCACUAGAAAUCACCAGAGCAUUGAACCAUUCCCUAAAUUCACUCCAGUACACUCCAAUACUCAGUAUGAAUAGAUAAAUAUGACGAAUGAUGGAUGCAGGUGUGGAAAGAUACACCUCCCAUAUUAGGGUCAUGAGGAUCCCCAUAUGUUGAGAGUCAAUACCAUGACAUUAUUGAAUCAUUCGAUCAUUCCCCAAAUUGGCCAGUGGGGCGGCUUCUCACCAGUAUGUAGGAAACAGAUGGGAAGAAAACACUCCCAUAUUAAGACCGGGAGGAUCAAUGUUGUGUGAAAAAUGAUUAUUAUGAUCACCACUUACGCUAGAAAUCAUUGGGUCGUUUCCUUUCCCAAAUGACUGAAUGAGAUUAGGGUUGACCGUUGCCAUGUGAACAUUGGAAUCUGAACGCGAGAUAAGAUUGUCAAUUGCGAAAUCCGAAGUGAAUUCGCUAGGCCCAAUUAGAGAUUCGGUUGAGAAAUCCGUGAACAUAUGAUUGCUUGAUUGGGGAAUAGUUGCCGAUUCCGGCAAAGCGGCUGUAGAGCGUGUUAAAGUCUGAGUAGUAGAACUUGCGCUACCGGAAAAUGUACCAUUGCUUCCGACUAAGGAAAGAGCGGAAAAAUUCGAGAAGCUUUGUGGUGGAGCGCUGCUAGAUGUAACACUGACGUUUGUUGGAGUAUUCCGGUGUGUUAAAGUGAACGUGUUUUGAAUAACAGGUUGAUUGUCCGGACUGUUCAUCAUUACAAUAUCAUUGUUCGGUUGUUGACGUCCAAUUAACGAUUCUGCAGAAAAGUUUAAUAGGUGACCAGUUCCAGAACUCUGCUGUCGAUUAUGCGAAGCUUGGUUUCCGGUCAAUGCAUCAAUACUGUAUGGCAACUGUGAAAUACUGUCUUGUACUGAGUUGGAUCUUAGCUGCUGCACCUGAGUAAAACCUCUUCCAAAUGAAGUAGGGGCUGGAGCAGUUUGUUGCGGUAACUGCGCAACAGUAGUCGCGUUGGCACCACUUGGAACCAUGGCCGUUUGAGGUUGGGAUACAAACAUUGGUUGGACAACGGUGUUUACUGCGGGUGUCCGAAUUGCGAGGGUAACCUUGGUAACAUCAUUUGAUGACGUAGAUUCAUGUUGUGACCUCGAAGUCUGCGACAACCCACUUUCAAGUGCCGCUCCAGUUACAUUAUGUCUCCUAUGGAUAUUGGGCGUCCUGGUUACACUCAUUGGAGUAGAUGACGUUUGUACUGAUAAAGUCGCUGGUACAUACACGUUGCUUCUUGGUGUGGUAGACGACUGAGUCGAAACAACCGCACUUUUGUUCAUUGACCCUGUUGUAGCAAGGCGUUCGUAGUUUUUAUGCCUGGAGUUCGAAGUAGUUUGCUGGUUACUGGCACUUGAUAAUAUUGACGUAACUGAAAGUCGAUUAGUUAUACUUGAAGCACUUGAUAUUGGUAUUACAUCAGAAGCCCUAGGCGCCUGAGUGGAUACGGUAGUUCCUUGAAUAGCAGUGCUUGCAGCGGAGCUUGUUUGGGUGUUAGAAUUUCUUGAUGAAGAUGUUGCUCUCAUGGUUGUUGUGAUAACCGAAGCAUCACUCCAAGUGGUUGGUAAUGUCACUUUGUUCUCGUGAAUGAGUUGCGAUAAACGUUUGUUCUCGUCUUCAAGUUUGUUUACUUUGUUUCUCAGUUCAGUCACUUCUUGUUCUAGAAAAUUAAAUACAGAAACAUGAGAGUGAAAAUAAGUGAAAAUCUAUAUGCACAGUAAUCCUAUACAUGAUCUGCGAAAAAUGCUGCUACUUCUGGCAAUUGUAGCUUCUGUACUGACCCAUGCACUGAGCUGUAGAGUGCAGCUGCUAGCUAGUGCACAUAUUGGGUUGAUUCCAUAGAGUUUGUAUAAUAUAAGAUUACACUACUAUUCGGCAGCAUUUUUAUUAGUGCGGAUUAUGGCCAUUUUAAGGUGGGAAUGUGGAAUACGGAAUUUCAAGCACAUUUCGACGAACGUCUUGACAAUUCAAUUUUCAUAUUCAAAUUGAGACGUUCUCUAACCAAACUAUUUUAAUGACGAGCUUUCAGUUAAUUGAUAUAAACACUAAAUUUGUAAGAGAACCUCUCGGUUUUAACGUCUUAUCAUGACCGGCGCAUCUUCCAUGCAUAUCUCUAAUUGGUGUGUUCUAACUUUUAAAAUCUUAAAAAUCUAAAUUGGGCAAAAAUUGUUGAAGGCUAAAACUGCAUUUUGACUGGUGAGGUAACUUGGUGAAAUCUUUUUUUUUUUUUUAACGAGAUUAAAUAGUACAUAAAUCACCUACAGAGAAUUUCAAAAAACAGUAAAUUUUACGGGAAGCCAAAAUUCUACCCGAACAUUAUUUCCACUUUUAACUUCACAACCUAUAUUAAAUCCUUGCUAUAGAGAAAUAUUGUAUAUAUUGUUUUAGUUCUGUUACCCUUGGUUGCGACGAUGAACGCUAGCUUGGUCAGAAAUUAUAUUAUCAUGUUUAGAUAAAAUGCUCGCAAUAGGGUUGUUUCUCUACAACAUGAUAUGUCUCAAACUCAAAGUUUGUUCUAAACAAAUUCUGUAUCUUUCAAAUUUUCAGAUGAACGCAGUCGUUCAAACAUGGUGAAUUAAGUGGAACAUGCAAAGAAAGUGGUUAAAAAGGAAUUGAUGACAUGUACAAAAAAAAACACACAAAUACUAUAAUACCAGUCAUCCUAGCCUAUAUAUAACUAUAUGUACUAAUGAAUAUUGAGUUUUAUCAGGUAUAAAGCCUCCUCACGUGACAUAUUAUGGUUGACAUGAUUUGCCAACAAGCUUAUGAAUUAUUAUAGUAAUGAGUGUUUGAAAUAAAUAUAUACCAUUUUAAAAUUUUAAACAAUGUUACAUGUACAUGUUGGUUACUACGCCACCAAUACAUUUAAUCUUGUCAUUUUCUCUCGUGGACAGUACGAAGAGUUGAGG